CGACAUCUUUCACUGGUGCGGCCGACGUGACGAGUUUUGACAGUCCGCGUGACUCAAGUUUUGAGAUAAUUCCCGGAGUUCUGAUACCGUUGUUUACGCGGAAGAUCAGCCGUAUGAGAGUUAAUGGCGCGUGCAGGUGGGACGAAAAGAACGAUAGCGGGUGUGACAAUUGCGCGGGAUUUGCAACUACCGUUCUAAGAAAACGCGCUGCCACGUUCGAACAUGAUAAAUCAGAACGCGGACGAAGCGAUUGCGAAUGCCACGGCUGCGGAGCGACAAAAAUCAAGACAUGGAAUAAGUGAAAGACUCUCGACGUUUAUUUGGCGACGUGAGGCACUGCGAGAGAUGCACUCGCGACAAGAAUGCAAGAGGGAGGACGACGUCGACGCGACGCAUGAUAUCGCCAGGGCACAGGUGGAACACAAGUUCAAAAGCACCACGGCCAACGGCAGGAUGUCGUUCGAUUUCUUCAGAAAUAUCAAAAAGUACUUGCAAACCAAGAAUCUUUGCAGGUCCAAGCAAAAGAACAAAGAAGCAGAGGCAACGAGUCUUUUUUAUGUUACAAAUCAGAAUGCUGUUGUAUCCACAGUUGACCCUGUCGUAGAGCUUAAUGAUUCUUGUCAGGAACAAGACCACUCGAGCAGCCAACAGAAAGUCUCGUCAAACCGACAAUCCUGUGGGUCUGACACAAGUCCUGAUGUGGUUCCUGCAGAACAGCAGGACGAAGUUACAUGUGAUAUCACUAGCGACAUUAGUGAUGUAAUAAUAGAGCGACCUGGUUGUUCCGAUCCAAUAUAUGAAGUUCCUAAUGCAAUAGCAGAUGUACCUUGCGACGCGGUCGAAACGACUGAAAGUAAAGCAGAAUUAAGCAACGAGAGUAAAGUCAAAGCGAGUCUCGCAGAGGAGCUACUCAACUUGAGCAAAUAUGGAUGGUAUUGGGGCCCCAUAUCAGCGGAUCAAGCCGAUGCCCAGCUCAUAUCCGAGCCUGAUGGUGCCUUCUUAGUUCGAGACUCGUCUGAUGACAGGUAUGUCUUAACGCUCAGCUUUAAGUCGUCCGGGAAGAUGCUGCACGCGCGCAUGGAACACAGCGGCGGCCUGUUCUCGCUAUGUAACCAACGCGAGAACGAGGGUUUCUCCUCGGUGGCUGCCUUGAUCAAUCACUCGAUGAACUUCAGCCAGUCGGCAGUGUUUUGUUACUCGAGACCGCGGUACCCUGGAUAUCCGUCGUUUCCAGUUAGAUUAACGAAACCAGUGAGCAGGUUCACGCAAGUAAAAAGUUUGCAGUAUCUAUGCCGCUUCGUCAUUCGUCAAAACAUUAGUCUGGAUAACAUACACAAGUUAUUUCUGCCGGAAACUGUAAAAUUGUACAUUUUAGAGUCGCAUUAUUGGACUUAAUGGACGAAGUGGACAAAAAGUAUGAGAGACGGAUGACGAAAUUAUUUUGAUCAAGUGCCGUUUUAGGGAAAAUGAGACGAAUAUUGGCAGCUGAAAUUGACCGCGCAAUUGCAGCUGCCAGCGCGAUAUUAUACUGGGUUACAGAUAUUUUCAUUCGACUCACGACAUAUCUUUAUAUUGCGAGAAAGCGUGAGGAACUGAUAUAUCGCGUUUGCCUAUUUUCCCUGCGUAUUGUUAUAUACAUGUGUCAUUUUUAUUGAAUCAAAAAAAUAUAUAUUUUAUAUUUAGCGUAAGUUCGAGAUAAUUCGCGCUAAAUUACCUAUAAAGUAUUGCGCACAGAAUCUGGCUUUUCGCCUAUUCGACGAUACUGUAACGAGGCCUAAUUAUGAAUUUUUACAUAAAGCUGACGUCGAUUAUACAAAUUGUGACAAUAUCGCAGGGUAAACAAAUACGUUGUUUAAUUCAUUGUUGAACGUUAUUAACUGCGUAAUCGAUGAUUUAUAUCUUUAUAUUUUGCAUGAAGAGAUAAUGUAGGUUCGUCGGAAUUUAUUUUACUGUACAGGUUUUUGUUAAAAUAUAUAUUGUGCAAAGUGAAA